UCUUUCCACAAUGAACUCCAUCAUCCGCCUCGCGCGGCCUCUCCUCGCCCCGCGCAUCGCGCCCCUCUCCCAACGGACAUAUACAUGCCUCUCCCCCCUCCGCCCAACCCUAUCCCCAACCUUCCGACCCUCCACCACCGCCAGCACAUCCUUCACUCCCGCAUCAUCAUCACCAUCAUCAGAAGUCUCAGCAGCAGCAGCAGCUGACGUCGUCCCCGUCGCAACGGCCGUCUCCGCGCACCCCGCCCUUCUGGGCAUGCAGCUGCGCUUUGGCCCCCGCAACACCAUGAACGGCCACACGAGGCUCGUGCAGAAGCGCAGGCACGGCUGGCUCAAGAGGACGAGGAGUAAGACGGGGAGGAGGAUCUUGCAGAGGAGGAAGCUCAAGGGGAGGAGACACGUUGCGUGGUAGAGGGAA